AUGACUUCUCCACCAAUAAUAGAUCCACAACAAGGAUUUAAUAAUUGGAAAAAGUUAAAUCCUAAAAUACCUGACCAUGAGAAUAAAAUUAAUAAUGAAAAGGAAAAAUGGAAACAUAUUUUGAAAGUCGUGGUUGACUGUGUUAGAUUUUGUUGCGUAAACAAUUUAGCUUUGAGAGGAUCUAAUUGUGAUAUAGGAAAACCUGGCUGUGGAAUAUUCUUAAAUUUAAUUGGUCUAAUUAGCAAAUAUGAUUCUGUUUUAUCAAGUCACUUAAAACAUAAGGGGCAAAUCACAUAUUUAUCAAAUAAAAUCCAAAAUGAAUUUAUAAAUUUACUCGGUUCAAAAGUACGAAAUGAAAUCAUUCAGAGGAUAAAAAAUUCAAAAUACUUUUCUAUUAUUUUUGAUUCCACCCCGGAUGUUUCUCGUAAAGAUCAACUCUGUGAAAUUAUAAGAUAUGUUAGAGAAGUUAAUAACGAGUUUGUCAUUGAAGAAAGUUUCGUAGAUUUUAUUUAUACCAAUGAAAAGACUGGACUUGGAAUAGCUUCUGAUGUAUUACAAAAGUUGGAGAAAGAUGGACUUAGUUUUAAGAAUUGUCGUGGACAGGGCUAUGAUAACGGCGCAAACAUGGCGGGAAAAUAUCGAGGUGUACAAGCUCGAUUAAAAGAGAUAAAUGAACAUGCUCAGUUUGUCCCAUGUGCUGCAAACAGCCUUAAUUUAAUCGGCGUACAUGCUGCUAGUGUAUCAGUAAAAAUGAUUUCGUUUUUCGGUAUUAUACAAAAUAUAUUUAACUAUUUUUCUGAAUCAACAAGUCGCUGGGAAGUACUAAUGCGGUGUUUGAAAAUAACAUUCAAAACGCACAAUGACACACGCUGGGCAUCUAAGUAUGAUGCAGUUCAUUCGUUGUAUUGUCAAUUUGGCGGUGUGAUAAAAGCUUUACGUGACAUAUCUACCAAUCCAAUUUUUGGCGAUGGGUUGCUAAUGCAGAAAGCUUCAAAAAUGAUAAAUUGUUUAAAUGUUUCUCUCCAAGAAAUGCGUGAUAGUGGAAAUGAACAAAUUAAAACUGAAGCUAUUAGUAUUUGUGAUAAAGUUGGAAUAAAAUCUGAAUUAAAAAUCAAAAGGACAAUAAAAAGGAAAUUUAUGAGUGGAGAAAAUUCAUCGGGUGAAGAUAUUUCUGCAGAUCAAUUUUUAACAUUGGAAUACUACAAAGUUCUUGAUAAUAUGAUGACUCAAAUAAAAUGGAGGUUUGAACAAUUAUCAAAUAUUGCUGAUGACUUUCAAUUCCUUUCUGCUCAUUCACUAUCUGUUACACCAGUUGAAAAAUUGAAAAAAUAUGCAGCUGAUUUAGCUAUCAAAUACAACGAAGAUAUUGACCAGGAAAUAAUUAACGAAAUCGAAUUUUUUAAAUAUCAAGUAAAAGCAAUUUUACCAGACUUAAAAGCAACUGCUUUAAAUAUUUUAAACGCAAUUAAAAAAUAUGAACUUGAUUCAACUUGUCCAAACUUAAUGACUGCAUAUAGAUUGUUUCUUACCAUGCCUGUUAAAAUGUUAUAA